ACAUCAGUGCAUUCAAAGAGCUCAUUGGUGCCUUAGAUGAACUGCAGAAGAAAGAUUAUGGUGAUAAACAAAGGGGUGCAACAAGAUUGAGUCAGAUUGAGAUCUCCUACUCUGCUAAGAUUAGUAAUGAGAUUAGCGAUGCCCAUAAAAAUGUCAAGUCCAGCCAAGGUUCACAGCAGGAUAUGCAGGAUGUUGCUCGCAGUAAGGCCAUUCAUGAUGAAUUUGCUGGCUUACAACUUGAAGAUCUGGAAAUUGUAGCAACUCUUGGGAUGGGUGGAUUCGGCAGAGUUGAGCUGGUUCAACUUUCUGGUGAGACAAAGAAGACAUAUGCCUUAAAGUGCUUGAAGAAGAAACACAUUGUAGAUACCAGGCAACAAGAUCAUAUAUUCUCAGAGAAAAAAAUUAUGAUGGAAGCCAAUUCCUAUUUUAUUGCCAA